AUGCUACGUCUCCGACCUACCGUCCUCGCCUUAACAAUGGCAGAGGUGCAAGAAGUCGAAGACCGUCGCAGGGGCUACCGCCGGGUCAGCAGCAAGAGAAAAUGGUCCUUUCGUACACACGCGUCUGAAAACGCUACGUCGGUAGCCUCAUCCCCAUCGUUGCCCGACUACAGCGACAGUGAUGAGGAGACAGACAUCCCCGAUCAUGACAGUGCAGAACAACCUGUCCAGCUCCCCGUUUUACCAGCCCGCUUCCCUGAAGAGCAGACCGAAUUGAUCCCCACUGCCCGGCCGCCGUGCCCCAAUGCCUCCUGUGACCAGCGUAACUGCGAGCAGUCUGUUGAUGGUGCUGGAGAUGAGCGUGAUGUUGACCAGCAGCCCCAAGCUAGCUCGUCUCAAAGCCAGCUGCCUAUUAGAACGCCAAGGCCCGGCCCAAGAAUUGGGAGCAGCCUUCGUUCACCAGCCCAAAGCUCGGUUGGCCAGACGGCUGCUGCGAGCCAGGAAACGACACCACGGACUGAGACGUCGUCUGCUCGCCGUAGUAACAGAGGCGGUGCCCGUUCUUUCGAGCAAUUCGAACUCUCGUUCCAGAAUCUGACCAUCAGGACCCGGACGGCCACUCCCUCCUCUGCAGCAAAACCUGACUCCGCAUCUCGCCCCGGUGAGGGUCAUUGCCAGGGCACGACCCCGAAUGCUACCCCGGGCUCCCGUACCACCUCAGCCUCGCACACCCCGUCCGCCUUUGUCCGUUUUACCAGAAGCAUGACUGCCACUCUUCCCCGUCACGGUAGCUCGCCCUCUGAACGCUUAGAGCGUCUUGCCAGCAGCAGAACCCGUACCCCGGCUGCCGCCUCGCCCACCAGCGUCAGCACCAGCAGCACCCGCCCUGCACCGGUCAUCGAAUCCCCAACGACACCAUCUCGCCAGCCCGUAACGACGCCCAGACCGCCCGCUACCACUCCCGCUAGGACCCCCGCAACGUUUCGGGUCUAUAAUGACUCCCUUCCCGCGUCCUCGCAGCCUAGGACACCGCAGAACUUGCCCGAAGCAAGGCAUCAGAGUCGACUACUCCGACAAGGGGCGUAUACGGUUCCUGCCGGUUGGCGGACAUCAUUCUCGCAGGAGCAGAGGACGCCGACGACUAGUCGGGCGCAGAGGCGAUUGAGACAUGGGGGCAGAAGAGAGCCAAGUCCGCAGGGACUGAGGACGCCCGGGAUGGUGGGAUUGUAUGGAGGGACGGAGAAUCAUACGGAUGAUGGGGUUGUGUUUGUUGAUGUCAGGGCGGAGGGGGUUGAUGAGCCGGAGGAGGCGCCGCUGGCGCAUUUGUGA